AUGGAGAUCCUCACCAGCAUCUACGCGCUACUCGCUGGAGGGCAAGGGAUAAAUCCCAAAAUCGACUCAAUAGCAUUUCGCUUACAUUGUGGAGCCACAACGGCAGCAUUGCUUGCUGCCAGCGCAGCUCUAACAACACGCCAUCUCGUGGGCAAUCCUAUAGAUUGCAUUCAUACAAGGGACAUACCAGAAGACGUACUGAACACCUACUGCUGGAUACAUUCAACGUUUACGGUAGCUGGUGAAGCCGGUGCCUAUCCUGGUGUCAGGAGUUCUGGAAACUCGCCACGACGUUACGGGAAGUACUACCAGUGGGUGGCUUUUACGCUCUUCUUGCAGGUAAGAUCGCUAAUGGUUCGUGUUUAA